AUGUCGCUAAAAGAAGUCCAUCAUUCCCCAAUGCCAAUGGCCACGAGGCUGUUACCAGUGAACGCUUUGGUCCGCGAGGCUGUUAGAACUGGGGUUGCCUUGGGAUAUGACAGCUCUAAUGAUGACCACAAAAUCAUUAUCCUAUCGUGUUAUGCGAAACCUAAUCUUAAUGAUACUUUGGUUGAUGUUUUUAGUUUGAGGAAUGUAACUUGGAAGAGAAUUAAUCAUUUUCCUUAUCAUCUUGAUUUUCAUUACGGGGUGUUUCUGCACGGUGCUAUACAUUGGUUUGUGUAUUCAGAUGCUUCGCUGAUAGCUUUUGAUUUGAGUUGCGAUAAAUUUAAGCCAAUGCCAAUGCCAGGUAUUUCUGCCCCUAUUAAGCUUUUAGAUUUUGGUGGAUGUCUAGCAAUGUUUGCGCAACAAAAACGGUCUAAUUAUCAGAUCGAUCAGGUGGAUAUUUGGAUGAUGAAAGAGUAUGGUGUGGCAGAAUCUUGGGAUGAAAAUAAGUCUUAUUACACCUAA